GCAGAAUAAAAUGGAUGAACAGAAGUCAGGAGCUACUGCGUCCACGUCGACUGACCCGGACACCACUGGGCUCACCCACGAGUGCGGUGUCUUCGGCUGUAUCGCCACCGGUGAAUGGCCGUCACAAAUUGACGUCGCCCAAGUAAUAACGCUUGGACUUGUCGCCUUGCAACACAGGGGUCAGGAGAGUGCCGGCAUUGUGACCACGGCGGGUGACGAGAGGGGAAAGUUUUUCGUGCACAAGGGCAUGGGUUUGAUUAACAACGUCUUCAACGACGAAUCAAUGAAGAAGCUCAAAGGCAAUUUGGGCAUCGGGCACACGCGAUACUCGACGAGUGCCGCUUCCGAAGAGGUCAACUGCCAGCCUUUUGUGGUGCACACUGCUCACGGACCUUUAGCCGUCGCGCACAAUGGAGAGCUCGUCAAUUGCUCUGCUCUCAGACGAUGGGUUUUGGCCAGAGGGGUUGGACUGUCGACCUUGUCCGACAGCGAGUUGAUAACGCAAUCCCUGUGUCUAAAUCCUCCUGACGGCGAGCUUGACGGUGCCGAUUGGCCCGCCAGGAUAAAGCACCUGAUGCAGCUGGCGCCGCUCUCGUACUCGUUGGUCAUCAUGUUCGGCGACAAGAUAUACGGCGUCAGAGACCCUUAUGGCAACCGACCGUUGUGCAUUGGCAAAAUUCUACCGCUAGCGUCUCACAGCACGUCAACUUUGACCAACGGUGGCACGAGUGGAGAUGCUGAGGGCUGGGUGAUCAGCUCCGAGUCCUGCGGCUUCCUCUCCAUUGGAGCGCGCUACGAACGAGAGGUUCUUCCUGGCGAAAUUGUGGAGAUGACCAGAGAGGGCGUGCGAACAGUAUGCAUUGUUGACAGGCCUGACAAUAAGCCGCAAGCCUUCUGCAUCUUUGAAUAUGUCUACUUUGCCCGCUCUGACAGUAUUUUUGAAGGCCAAAUGGUGUAUUCCGUCCGAAUGCAAUGCGGCCGGAUGCUGGCCAGGGAAACUUACGUGGAGGCUGACUUGGUGAGCUCUGUGCCUGAGUCUGGUACUGCUGCAGCUCAUGGAUUUGCCCAAGAGUCUGGGAUUCCGUUUGGUGAAGUUCUGUGCAAGAACCGCUAUGUUGGGCGCACUUUCAUCCAGCCAAGCACCCGACUGAGACAGCUAGGCGUGGCUAAAAAGUUUGGAGCCCUUUCUGAAAAUGUUAAAGGCAGGAGGAUCAUCCUGAUUGACGACUCUAUUGUCAGAGGAAACACCAUCGGACCUAUAAUUAAACUUCUCAGAGAUGCAGGAGCCAAAGAAGUGCACAUCCGCAUAGCGUCUCCGCCCUUGAAACACCCGUGCUACAUGGGAAUCAACAUUCCUACCUCAGAAGAACUGAUCGCCAACAAACUGAGCCCGCCUCUCCUGGCCAAGCACGUUGGUGCGGACAGUCUUGAGUAUUUGUCGGUGGACGGAUUGGUGCAAGCAGUGAGGCAAAACAUUGCCAACAAGGAUGACGCGAACAUUGGUCACUGCACCGCCUGCCUUACUGGCGAGUACCCUGAAAGUUUGCAGUGGUAGAUGCGUCACAUGUUUCCAACUCUCGCCAUUCCAAGGUGCCAUCGCUUACCGCCAUUGAAAGUGCCUUUAACGUGCUCAUUUUUUCACUUAUAUUUUAUAAAAAACGCUAGACUUUAUUUUAAAUUUUCUUGUUUCUUUAAGACUUCCAGCGCAUUAGAUGAAGGACAGUGCGUUUUUAAUGCGCUGUUUCAAUCGUUUUGAUUUUUUAAAUGUUGUACCAUGAAAAUCAGUAAAAUUCUUGUUGUAAACUUGAGGAUUGAGUAAUAGCCAACUUUUUGCCACACUUGGCUCUAUUUAUGCAGAAGCACAGUCUUAUUUAAGUUCAUGAAAAAGUUUCUCAGUCACAAGUCAUUCACUGUUGAAUAUAGAUCUCGUCAAGAGAUAUCAAUCUGCUAUGAAAAACUGACCUUUGGUAAAAAGAGCUUGUUUUAAAACUUGAAUCUCUUUUGAAUGUUGCACUUAGUAAAUUGUUAUCGUUUAAGUGUUUUAAGCAAUGAACUUAAAAUACCAUAUACGUCAAAGCCAACAAAUUUUAAAUCAUUCACAAAUAAUGUCACUGGAUUAAUCCACUUAAAGUAAAUGACAGAAAAUCGUCUGGAGAUAUACUAUUUAUUUUUGUAUCUGUUAAACGUAGGAAAAAAUAAAUCUAUUGGUCAUGUUGCUUACAAAUCUCUUGAAAUGAGACUUAAUCUUGUAGUUUGCGUCCUCAUUAAUUUUGGUGCUUUAGAAAUGUAAAAUGCAACGAAAAGUCAAAUGAAAGGUGAUGCAUUUAUUGUAUAUAUUUUACAUUAAAAAUUUGAUCGACUAUUCUAAAUAUAUUUGUUUGGUUUUCUAUA